AUGGUCUUGCCUAUACGGCUCCCCCGGUCAGGAGCCAACGCCGACCAUGCGGACGGAAUUGCCAUCGCGACGCUCUACCUCUUGGUCAUGAUGAUUAUGGCUGUGUGGAUACGACUGGCAUUUCGAUAUUAUAUGCUUCGGUCCCUGCAAUGGGAUGAUGGAAUGGUUUCCAUUGCUUUGAUCUUGGGUAUCUCUCAGUCCGCAGUUGUGUUUACUGGAACGCAAAAGGGACUUGGAAAGCUUCAGUCCGAGAUGUCUAAAGCCAGUUUUACCACGGUGGAAAAGGUAACCUGCUCUCGAUCCAUUUCGAGUCUACUUAUGAACUUCCCACUUACAAGCUUGAGCCUUGCGAAAGUAUCCGUCUUGCAGUUUCUGGAAAAGCUCUGUGUUAACAAGCUCCACAAAACCAUAUGUCGCUGGUCGUCCCUCCUAGUGGUCGUAUGGACUGUUCCCGUAUUCUUCACGCUAGCUUUCAAAUGCGGUGCAUCAAGUCCCUGGGAUACAGAAAACGGGCAUUGCAUCAACGUUUUCGAUUUCUGGGCCGCUAUAUCCCCAAUCGACAUCGCCACCGAGCUAGUGAUUUGCAUUCUCCCAAUGUACAUCGUGAAGCCAGUCCAGGUAUCAUUCAGUAAAAAGGUCACCGUUAUUGUCGCAUUCGUGUUCCGCGCCUCUGUUAUAGUCACUACCAUCGUGCGUCUCAUCUUUAUGAAGAGAGCCAAAUCUCUUGCAGAUAUGAAUGACGACGCCUUCGCAACCAGCAUAAUGACUCAACUCACCCUCUGCGUCAGCCUCAUGACCGCAUGCAUCCCUUGUUUAAAACCCUUCCUCGACGCCUUCGAUAGCGGAAUGCUUAACGUCUCCCUACACAAACGACUUGGUGGAGGAUACAGCAAUUCAUACGGUGCUGCAAACGCAAACUCAUACGCACUGGGUAGUAUGAAUCGAGGUGCAAAGGAGUCCACUACUCGCUCACAAUAUAUGGAAGAUGAGAUUGAGGGUCUAGGAAGCUCAGCAGCUGCUUUCGCUGUUACGGCACCUGUCAGGCCUGCACAUGGGACUGGUUCUAUGGCAAUACAGAGAACAGAUCAAUGGAGUGUUAGGUGCGACCCAGUCAGAACAUUCACAACAACACAGCACCGCGAUGCAACAUGGGGAUUCAUUGGUCUAGGCCAGAUGGGCUUCAACAUGGCCAAAAACUUACGCGCUAAAAUUCCUCCGACCGAUACACUGAUUGUGCGUGAUGUCAAUGAAGAAGCAUCUCAGCGCUUUGUUGCAGAGAAUACAGAGAGCUACCGGGGCGCUGGUACCUCAACGUCGGAACAUCAAGUUCAGAUUGCCGAGAAUGCUCGUGAACUUGCAGAGAAGUCGCUAAUGAGUUCAAAUGAUGCAAAGUCUGUGAUUGUCACCAGCCUCCCCGAAUCGAAACACGUUGUUGAAGUGUUCCAUUCGAUUCUCAAAUCUGGAAAGCUGCCGGCAGUCGAACAGGAGCGUCUGUUCAUUGAUACCUCCACCAUAGAUCCCGUCACAUCCAAAGAUAUUGCCAAUGCAAUUCAUAGCACCCAGGCUGGCCGAUUCGUCGACGCUCCUGUUUCUGGGGGCGUGGUCGGCGCCCGAGCAGGCACACUCUCCUUCAUGUUUGGGGCCACUUCACACACGACAGAGUUCCUUGAUCGAGUCAAGGGUGUUCUAUCAUUGAUGGGCAAGAGGAUGUGGCACCUGGGUGAGCCAGGCGCUGGUGUCUCGGGGAAACUUGCUAAUAACUACAUUUUGGCUAUCAAUAACAUUGCCACGGCUGAGGCAAUGAACCUCGGUGUACGAUGGGGGUUGGAGCCAAAAUCACUAGCGGAGAUGAUCAAUUCCUCCACAGGGCGGUGCUGGCCGUCAGAAAUUAAUAAUCCUGUUCCUGGCGUGGUUGAGACAGCGCCUGCGUCACGCGAUUAUCAAGGCGGAUUUGGCGUGAGCCUGAUGCAUAAGGACUUACGACUGGCUCUCGAAGCUGCAGAGAAGUCUGAUACUCCUUUGGAACUUGGUAAUCAAGCCCGUGAAGUCUAUUCUGCUGUUGAGAAAGCCCAUCGUGGUAAAGAUUUCUCGGUUGUCUACCGAUGGUUACAGGAGAAGUCUCAAUAG